GAAAUCCUGAGGGAAGAUGAGUGCCAUGGGAGAAGGCAUAUUGGUACCAGAAACAUUCCUCCCACUUCCAGGAGACACUGUUAACCAGCCUUAUGUCUCUGUUUCCUGCAUCCCAGCUGGAUUUCUUCAUUUACCCGACCGGGAGGUCUUCGAUGACGCCCUGGAGCAGCCUGAGAGCACCGGCAGACAAGUUCCCUCUUUCGCAUUCCUUAUCGAUCACAGCGAGUAUGGGAAGCUUUUGUUUGAUCUGGGUCUGAGAAAGCAUGGGCAGGGCUAUCCCCCUACUUUGAGGGAGACUCUGGAGAUCUUCGUCGUACAUUGCCCUCGAGAUGUCGUAGAUCUCUUGCAGGAGGGUGGCGUAUCACCCAGUGAAAUAAGAGCGGUGAUUUACAGCCAUCUACAUUUCGACCACGUUGGAGACUUGACCCCUUUCAUUUCAGCUCAACUCAUUCUAGGCAGUGAAGCUGCACAGGUUAUGAAAAAAACCUACCCCAAAAACCCUGAUAGUGUAUUCGCCGAGUUACCUCCUGGUCAGAAAGUACGCUACGUUAGUUUUGCAGAGGAGGAGGAGCCACCAACCGUAGAUCAAGGAUCUUAUAUGGCUGCAGUGUAUCAAGCGCAGAUCAACCCUGCAUUCCCCAUUCCUUCGCGAGAGAUGCCAUCUUCGACUGUCAUUUCACCACUUGGCUCGUUCACACAGGCACUGGAUCUUUUUAAUGACGGCUCUUUUUAUCUUUUGGAUGCUCCAGGUCAUUUCCCUGGACAUCUCGCCGCUCUUGCUCGUGUAGCUCCCAACCGCUUCGUCCUUCUCGCGGCAGAUUGCUGCCACAAUCGCAUUUGCUACGAUCCUGGCGAUAGACUCGUAUCUCGCGAGAACUACCACAACGUUGAUGACGCGAGGGAUACGGUUCUGCGACUCAAACGAAUGAAUCAGGAGGAUAACGUUGUGGUCAUCCUCGCUCAUGAAACAGAGAGGUUACAUGAGAUGCCUCUAUUUCCGAGGACUUUGAAUCAGUGGGCAGAUGAGGAGGCCAGUAGGAAGGCUCUGAGAAAUAUAGCGGACCGACAAUUGUCAGUUUAAUCCACUAAUUGUUGCAUAGUAAGUUGGAGGGAGGCAGAUAGCAAAGAAAGAAGUUAUUAGAAAGGGGUUUCUCUUUUAUUUUGUCACUUAUGUGUAUCGAUGCACUUGUAAUCCCUGCAGACAUCGCAUCGCACCAGUAAUUAGUCCCUGUGAGUCUACGAUUCGCGCAAUACAGUAGUCAGUGGCAUCGUAGACACUCGUAUACAUGUGUUUAUUCAGAGCUACACGGAAUAC